UGGAUGCUUUCUGCCUGCGUAGUGCGUGCGCUCUACUCACUCAGCGACAGAGAGCUGCCUGCGCGAGUUCUGCGAAACGAUCAUCGCGAGACCUCGUGGCAUGCACGCAAAACUUUGAUGCAUGAGGAAGUCGCUGUAGUUUAUUUUGAUGAUAAUAAUCAAUAAACACGUGCGUUCGUGGAUCGAAUAAUCUAUAAAGUGUGCGCAUACGUGUGAGUGCGCUGUAUGCAUGAAGGAAGAUGAUUAUCAGUUCUAGGAUAUAGUGUGCCGUUAUCAAUUAGAAGCUCGACCCCGUGUAUAAUGCACCUUCGGCUGCGAUAAAAUGCGGCAUUGUGGAAAAAACUCGAUGAUAAAUUUACGAUAAUACAUACCGUGGAAGAAUUUCGUGACGGAGAAAGAAACUGAAAAUAACGGAGGAUCAUGGAAGAAUUGAGUGAAAAUGUCACUGGUAACUACUCAAUGAUAAUGACGACGGCGGCGACGACAAUGUUGUCGUCCACCACUGCAUUACCUGUAAAUAUUACGACAAUCUUGCCAAUUGAGUCGACAACUUCGAACUUAUACAAUGAGACUGCUGAGGCUUUUACUACUAGCCUGACUACCAGCAAUUUGCAAAAUAUCAGUAGACAAUCUUGGAAUCUGACAAGGGUAGGAGAUGCUUUUCCAAAAAUUGACACAACUACUGUCACAAGUAAUUUAUGCACAACUACUAUGGCUACUACUACUGAGGUUCCAUUCGACGAGUUUGGCCCACCCGAUGGGGUAGAAUACAUUUUUGUACCUCUGGGUGUGAUGAUUUUUGUUAUAGUACUUUCCGCGGUGGUAAUAGUAAUAUCAAGAAAGCGAAAAUUAGAAAGACUUCGACAUAGACUGAUGCCACUGUAUAACUUUGAUCCUGGUGAAGAGGGAGAAGAUGAUUGGGAAACAGAGUUGCUCGAUGAGGGUUUCGUCAAUCGACAGAGACGUCAAGGAUACCAGUCUAUGGACAGCGAUGAGAACGCCGAACUAUUUAGUCCUGCGCGCUCGCAUCCGCUUGGAUAAUUUCUUUACUUGUUGCUAGAUAACUCUUUUAUAUAUUUUUGACAAAAACAAAAAAAGAAAACAAAAAUGAGCAAUUAUAUAAGCUAUCUGUAACAAUGAAUUAUAAUGAGCAAUAUUGCAACGUAGGAUACAUAUAUCUAAAGGAUACAGACAUUGUCAUAAGAUGAUAGAAAUGUAGCAAAUGUAGCAAGAAAUUUUUCACUAAACAAUAGACUAAAACUCUUAAAGCUGUGGUUGACUAAUAUAAAUGGUAAUUCCAUUUAAUUCUUCAGUCAAUUCGUAACAUAUUUUAGCUUCUUCUAGUUGAAAAUGCAUUAGUUUGAAAAUAAUUUAUAUUAAUACAUGCCAAUGCAAUAAUUUUUUAAUAUUUAUGAAAACUUUGCAUGAUUACAGUUCUAAAAUGUAAUACAGUUUAAAAACAUAUAAUCUUUCAACAAUUUUAUAACUUUUUAAAUAUGUACAUUUUAAUAUGUACAAAUUAUCUACUGUACCAAAGGUGCUUAUUUCAUAUAAAAUUAAAGGGUUCUGCACCAUAUUUGCUUGAUUUGCAAAGGUGGUCGAAAUAAGAUAUAUAAUGAAAAGACUUACAAAUACAAAUAAAAUAUUGUAUUCCCAUAGCAUGUCCAACAAUAGACAUAACAUGCACUUCUUGUAGGCUUCUAAUUACAUAAUCAAAAAUGUGCUAGUUACUUUGUUAUAAAAGAUAUUUAUCAUUGAUAAUCUUACCAUAGACACUAAUAGCAAAUUUUCUAUCAAAUUAUAGUGUACAAAAUAAUUAUUCAACUAGUAUUUGUCAUUAUGACAAUUUCAAUUGUAUUGUUUUAAUUAAAAUAAUUUUAUUGCGAAUCUUUUUACUACAAAUGAUUAUAUUUAGCAUUUGACUAAUCUACAAUAAUGAAAGAGAAAGUUAUGGUGAUUAAUUAAAUUUAUUGACAUUCUAUUAUGAAGAUACAGAAUUCACCAAAUAUAUUAACAUAACAUUUUUCUCUUGAUAAGCAAAUAAAUGAAGUUGUGAACAAUUUCAAUGUAAUUAUAAAACUUGAGUUUCCAAAAUUGAAAAAAAAUUACUAGUUCUUAUGCUGAUAUUGCUGUAGAUACAAAUUAUAAACGUGGGAAAUAUAAACGAGAUUUGCACUACAACAGAUUACUGAAGUUACAAUUCUUUGAAUAACAAUUUAAUCACUUGCCGUGUUUGUAAAGUAUUACGAUUUGGAAUGUUAUUAAAUUAAAUAUUUCAAUUAAAUUAAAUAUUCCAAAUAAAUUAAAUAUUCCAAAUAAAAUAAUAAAAACAAUCCAAUAGCUUGUUAAUAAUUAUAUAAAAUUCUUGAUAGUAAUGUGAAAAUAUAGCAUCAAGAAAUGUGAUAAUUAUAAAGAAAGCAUGUAUUGUGACAUUUGUCGGUAGAAAUAACAUAUAAUUACGAAACGAUGAGUGAUAAAAGAUUUUUAAUAUCUGCCAUGGUUUUAUAAACGCAUAUCGUUUACGUACACAGUCGAUAUUAUAAAUGAGUAAAUAAUAUUUAACUUAACCGUUUCAUUCAAUUUUUUGUAAAAUAAUUAUUUUCAAAAUUUCACAUUUGAAAAUUAUAUCUAAAAUUUAUGAAAAAAAAUGUUUUUAGGGUGUCAGUAAUGUUUUUCUAAGCGACGUAUCAUAAUGAGCUGUCAUUAUGUAUAUAUGUGUAGUAACAUUUCAGUUACGUACUUAAUUUAUGAUGAAAACGCUGAUAAAAAAAGAAAUGUACAUAAAAAAGAACAUUUUCUUUUGCAAUAUUUUAUAUUCAAAAUAUAAAUAUAAAAAAAAGAAUG